GAAAAAAACGGCGUAUAACGCCGAAGCUGGAGACCUUUUUUCAUGUCCGUUACAACUCUCGUCCACGUGCGUUGCUGCCGGACGCGUGUGUGCUCCAAGAGGCUCCGGUCCGACUCUUGAUCCCUCGGGAGAAUAGCUUAGUUCGCUCGUUUUCCAACUUUUUAUAUAUACUCGAACUCUCAAUAGGAACGCUUCCAUCUUUAAGGACGUUAUCCGGACCGGAUACCAAGUUCGCUGUCGAGUGUGAUAUUUUUAUUUGACGUAUCGCUCCUCGCACCCAUUCGUACAUGUAGCCACGACCACUCAAGCCUGUGCUUUGCCAACAAGUUGCCCGGACUCGCCUGCUCUCCUCAUCCCGACGAGCAACUAUUGUCACAUUUUUUGGUAAAGCACCACGAGAUAUCACGGUGGAAUGAUUCAUCAUGCGACUCAAUUUCAGAAUAGCGUUUCUAAUCUGCUGGACGAUCCUGCCGAGCGCGACGCUCGUUCGAGGGGAUUUCUUCGGCGAGAAAAAGGAAAUAGUGCACGAUCUCCUACAAGCUGCGAUGGCCACCGCUGAAAACAAGAACCAGUAUUUCGACGAUGGUCUCGAUGGCUUUCCCGUGUUUGGAUUCCGGCCAGGUUCCGAAGUCAAGCAGCCGUAUCGUCUAUAUCUGCCGGAAAAAUUGCCAGCGGAAUUUGAUCUCGUCGCUACAUUUAAACCGAUGUCAGUGAGAACGAGUUACCUUUUCGCCGUUUUGAACCCCUUCGAGACGGUUGUUCAGCUGGGCAUACGGAUUUCCGAUGGACCGGCUUCGAACCAAAACAUAUCGCUCGUCUACACGAACUCGGACGAGCACACUCACUCCGAAGAAAUCGCCAAAUUCACGGUGCCAAAGUUGUCAAAAAAGUGGUCGAAAAUAGUGAUGAGGGUCUCGACGAACGAGGUUAUACUUUACUUAAAUUGCCAUGAGAUGGCGAGACACAAAGUAACGAGGAUACCGCAGGAGCUGGUCUUCGACACGGCCAGUACCCUCUACAUUGCUCAGGCUGGUCCACACAUACAGGAAAAGUACGACGGUCUCGUUCAAUCGUUGAAACUCUAUCCGGGACAUCCGCAGGAUCUUGUCAGAUGCACGACCGAUUUCGAGUUCUUCCCAAUAGAGUUUGGCUCGGGUGACGAGACCACGACACUCGACGCUGCUUCAGGAUACAUUGACUUUGACCAGUUCGGCCAAGAGGAUAACGACGAAUUGGAUAAGGACGACGAUGCUAAUCCACCCCCGCUCAUCACACCACCGCCUCCGAAUACCGUCGCGAAAGGACCGAAAGGCGAUAAAGGAGAUAAGGGGGAAAGUGUUCGCGGACCACCGGGACCACCUGGACCACCGGGACCACCGGGUUCAACCGUGUACGAUCCGGUCGAACCUCAUCGGAACGGAAAUGGCGAGGAACCAAUUAGAGUUGGCCCGAAGGGGGAGCCUGGAGCAUGCUCGUGCAACGCGACUGAUCUACUGGCGAGUUUCACAAUGCCGAAAAUGAUUCAAGGGCCGAAGGGAGAGCCGGGCUUGCCAGGGAAAGAGGGCAAGCAGGGCCAGAUGGGAUUGACGGGAGCGGCUGGAGCACCUGGCGAACGCGGGGGACCGGGACCUCCAGGGGAAAAAGGCGAUCAAGGCAAAGUCGGCUCGCCGGGACUCGAAGGCGCUCAAGGUCAGAAAGGCGCUCCAGGAAGGGACGGGAUUCCCGGUGAAAAAGGCGCCCAAGGACCGCCCGGACCUCCUGGCAAAGGCGAAUUUUCUGUUCACGAUCCGAGUUGGACGCCGCGGGGUAUUUCGAGGGAUGGAAUUACAAUGAGGCCAGGAUUACCGGGGCAGAAGGGAGAGCCCGGAACGAGCGGGAGCGUGGGCUCAAAGGGUGAGCCGGGAAUUCCAGGUGAUAAAGGUCAAAAGGGUGAGUUGGGUGGGAAAGGAUCAAAGGGCGAUCACGGCAAGGACGGUCCGCGUGGAAAUCAGGGCUUCAAGGGCGAGCCUGGAGUUCCGGGAAUUGCGGGAAUCGCGGGCUCGCCCGGGGAAAAUGGCCGGCCGGCUGAAAAGGGUUCCAAGGGUGACGCCGGCCCGGAGGGGAAACCGGGACCAGCGGGGCCUCCGGGACCCCCGGGUCCGGGAGGCGGCGACGCUAAUUUUUCCCCGGAUGCUGGAGCCUUCCGCAAAGGCAUCUUCGGAGCGAAGGGCGACAAGGGCGACCUCGGUUACAAGGGCGACGUGGGCCCGAAGGGCGAAAAAGGCGAGAGAGGCGAAUUCGGCAACCCGGGCGUCCCUGGCAUAAACGGCGUUCAAGGUCCCCUCGGGAACAAAGGCGAACCAGGCAGAGACGGGAUCCCGGGAGACAAGGGUCACAAGGGAGACCGAGGCGAACGGGGCCCUGCGGGCGAAACCGUUUUCGCUGGAUCCGGCGAUUACAUCGCUAUCAAGGGCGAGAAGGGAACCGAGGGCAAGAGGGGCAGACGCGGACGUCCCGGACAAACCGGACCGAUGGGACCACCUGGCAUCGAUGGAAAGCCUGGACCACCCGGCUGGAAGGGUCCCCAAGGAAUCCCUGGUAUACCCGGAACUCUGGGGCCCAUAGGAUUGAAGGGUGAAAAGGGCGAGCCUUGUGACACAAGCUCGAUGGGCUCAGGUUUGGGGAUUAAAGGAGAAAAAGGUUCGGACGGUUUCCCUGGGAUUCCGGGACCACCCGGUAGGGACGGACAGCGAGGACCUCCCGGUCCUCCGGGACCGCCGGGUUUACCGUCUCAAGGUAAUUACGUACCGGUUCCGGGGCCACCCGGACCUCCCGGUAAUCCCGGCUCCCCUGGAAUCUCGCUCAUUCAACCUGGCGAUCCGGGAAUCGGGAGAAGUCGCAUAUUCGAAGAUCGAGAUUAUUACGCCUCGAGACAGGGAGCAAGAAUAAGUGAACUCAAAGCACUUCAAGAAUUGAAACAAUUGAAAGAGUUGAAGGAACAUUUGGGGAGUGGUGGAGGAGCUUCUGGGGUCUCAGGCUCCAGGGCUAUUACAGAGGCUUCAACGCGAAUUGUACCCGGUGCUGUUACUUUCCAGAACACUGAAGCGAUGACCAAAAUGUCAAGCGUCAGUCCGGUUGGUACGCUCGCUUAUAUCAUAGACGAGGAAGCUUUGCUCGUUCGAGUCAACAAUGGAUGGCAAUAUAUCGCGCUUGGAUCACUUUUGCCCAUAACGACACCAACACCACCGACGACAGUUCGGCCAGCCCCGAACCCUCCCUUCGAGGCUUCGAAUUUGAUCAAUCAGAUACCGAUGAAGGCUGAAGGCACAGGGUGGUAUCCGAAGAUGCUGAGAAUGGCUGCUCUGAACGAACCAUCGACUGGAGAUACUCACGGUGUACGAGGAGCGGACUACGCCUGUUAUCGACAAGCCCAGCGGGCCGGUCUUCGAGGAACUUUCAGAGCUUUUCUGAGUUCGAGAGUUCAAAACGUCGAUAGUAUAGUUCGCCUCAGUGACAGAGAUCUGCCAAUAGUCAACAUCAAGGGUGACGUUCUCUUCAACUCUUGGAAAGAUAUGUUCGAUGGCAGCGGUGCUUAUUUUUCCCAAAAUCCAAGGAUCUACAGUUUCAAUGGGAAAAAUAUCCUCACGGAUUUCGGAUGGCCUGACAAAAUAGUAUGGCACGGUUCGCACAAGUUGGGAGACCGUGCAAUGGACACGUACUGUGAUGCCUGGCACAGUGGUGGUUCCGAUCGUUACGGUCUAGCCUCGCCGUUGACGGGUGGUCGACUUCUCGAGCAAGUUCGUUAUUCGUGCGACAAGAAAUUUGCUUUGUUGUGUAUCGAAGUGACGAGCGAGACGUCCCGAAAGCGUAGAAGUUUGUCGGAGCAGGAGGAGGAGGAGGAGAUGGACGAAAGUCGUGAAUUGACGGAGGACGAUUACGUGAGACAUCUCGACAAAUUAAUGGCACACUGAUCGAUCGGGAUGGAUCGAUUUUUUCAACCCAGUCAUAAAUUAUUGUCGCACACUAAAUUUUAAUAAUAAUUAAGAUGUUUGUUAAUAAUAGUCAUAAUCCUCGUUGUCACCGUCGUCGUCGCUAAACGAUAAAUGAAAAUAAUAAGAAAAACCGAAAAAAAUGCACGUGUAACUGCACCGGAGCUGCUAUAAUUGUUCAAUGUUCUAUUGAAAAAGACUGACUGUGCGUUUGUCUCAUAUCGAAUAUAAAUCUCGCUUCAUUCAGCGAAUUUCAUCUCAGUCACUGUACAAUAUGCUCACUAAUUCCCAAACAAGAAACGAAUCAAAUGUUUAUCGUACUACUCUGAGAAAUAAUAGGAUCAAUCAAUGACACCAUUUUCGUCGUUCCAAAUGUUAAGUCAACGCAUUCUGUCUGUAGCUAGGAGCUAGUCGAACUUUUUGUUAAUUUUCUCAUGGACUCGAAGCUGAGAAAUAUGUAAAGAAAAAAAAGAAAAAAGAAAACACAAAAGGGAAUCUAACGGUGUUGUAAUUUGCAAUGUUGAAAUGCAAUCAACUUUUUUUAGACACCGUUAAAGAUCGGAUCAAUAGACCUUUUACAGUCUUAUUUGAAGAUCCAAAGAUCGAAUAAAAGAGAAAAAAUGUUGAAAAUACCUAUUUUUUGCAUUUCAAUCAUCCAAAUUUCAAUACUUCCUCGUGUUCCUCUUGAUCAUCGGACAGAUCGAUAUAUAAUCGUUGAUCGAAUCGACAUGUAUCAAAUAUUGACAUACACUGAACGUACUUUGCCGAUAAUAA